AUGUCGAGCGUCACUCCCGCACAGGAGGACAUGAAGACGCUGCCUCGGGAACGGCUGGCAGCCAAAGUCACUCGCGUGGUCCGUAAGGCUCGACGGGACCCAGGACCGACUGGUGCGGCGGCUUCCUCGCCGGCCAUCAAGGGCCCUGAAGCCGCCCUGGAGCCGGGCAGCGUCGAGGAGGCGAGCGCGGCGCUGCUGUCAGGGAUGAGCCUGGCGGAGCGGGAGGAGGCGCGGCGGGAUCUGGAGUCCAGGUUGAAGCCCGAGACGCUGGCAUUCCUGAAGGCCAGGGGCGCGCGUCGACAGAUGCAGGGUCCCGCUGCUGCCGAGGGGAAGAGGAGUGUAGAAGCAGGGAUGGCAGGCCCUGCGCACGACGAGAAAUCCAGACCCACGGCGGCUGGCGGCAAGGCCGUCAGGUUUGCACCGCAGCCCCAGGAGAGCCUAGCCAGACCAGCGGUGGCCCCCGGGAUUGCGGCCCAAGCCGGCCCAAAGCCCUCCGCCCUCCCAGCAAUCGGGCCAGACUCCCACGAUCCGGCGGCCGAGGAGAGCCUGCCGCCCGCCGCGCGCCUCCUUUUCGACGUGAGCGGAGUGGCCGUUGGCCUCGCCCCCGCGGCCGCCGAUGUCUGGCCGGAGGAGGACGGGCCGGCGAUGCGCGGCCCGCCGGACCCCGACGCCCACGGCCUGACACUGCGCGAGGCGUGCAGGCUGUGCCGCAGCAGCAGCAUGCCCCAGCGCCUGGCCGCGCUGCGCACGCUGCGCAACGUGCUGGCGGGCGCGAGCAGAGGGCGGCAGGGGGGGGCUCGGCAGGGUCCCCAACUGACGCGGGACGCGGCGGCGCUGCUGGCUGCCGAAGGCCUGGAGCCGCCCAGUCAGACACAGCUGGGCCGGGAGCUGCUGAGCGGCGCCAGGGCCACCACCGUCCUGCGCCGGGCCCUGGACGAGACGGUGCCAGCCGUGGUGGCUGCCGCCGCCGGGGCGGUGCUGGCCCUCGUGGAUCUGUCGCCCCCAGAGCAUGCGGUGCUGGAGGCCAGCGACGCGUCCCCGCUGUCAGGCUGCCCGAGCCUGGGCAUUCGCCACGCCCAGCGCCCCUCCCUGGGAGCUGCAUGGGUGACGGCGCCCCUCGCUGACGACCCCAGGACAGGCACCCCAGAGACCGUGGAUGGCGAGCACGAGGAGGAGCCCACAGACUGGGAGCUGCUGGGCCAGGCCGACCCCCUGUCGGCCCUGCUGGGUAUGGGCCUGCUGGAUAGGGUGGCGUACCUCCUCCGCGAGGCGGCCACGUUCUCGGGAGCAACAACGUCCCUGCUUGCCCUGCUCGUGCGCAUUUGCCGCAUGGGUCCAGACGCAUGCUCCCUCCUGGUGGCCAAUGCCGCCCUCGUUGCGGCGAUGAGGACCCUGCUGGCCGGCCCUGCUGCAGGAGGGGUUGAGGAAGAAAGCGUGCGAUGCAUGGCCUUGCGCAUGCUGUGCACGCUGGGCUCCACUGCCCCCAAGGCCCUGGUGCCCAUCUGGAAUGCUGGCUUCACCCAGGCCCUGCAGAGGGCCCUGCUGCGAGACCACCGAGAGCUGCAGGGACAGGAGUGGGUCUGGGCGCUGCGCAGCUGGCGGGCCGCAGCAGCCUCAGGCUGCGAGGUCGCUCUGACUCUGGACGACGCCUACCCCUGGCUGUGCCAUGCCUUCUUUGCCCAGGCUGAUGCGAGCGCAUGGCUUUGGCAGGCGACCGCGGAGGCGCUCUGGGCGGCAGUGGACUCUGCUCGCCAGAACGCCCUGGCAAGUGGGUCUGGGAUCGCGAUGGCGUCCAGUGCCUGCCUCCUGUCUCUGCAGCGAGCGACUGCCACCUGGCUGGAGAGCGAGGCGACGGCCACUAUGCAGGCCGUCCAGCAAGCAGGCGGGGAUGCGCAGGAUGGCCGGAUAGCCGCCAUGCUCUCCGCCGUGACGGCGGCCCUGGUGCUGCUGCGCGCCACCGUGGCAGCAGAUGCGCAGGGCAGCGCAGAGAGCGCCACACAGAUCAGCAGGCCGGCUGCUGGUGCAUCGACGCAGGCUCCCCCCUCCAUCACGGCCCUGGCGGCGGCCAUGCUUGAGCAUGUGUUUGCGGCGCUGGAGGAAGAAGAGAGCGUGGAUCAGCGUCAGGAGCAGCCGAGCGCGACAGGGAAGCUGACCUCACAAGACCCGGCCCCGCCCAGCCAAUCAGCAGCCCUGUGCUCGGCAGGCCUGGCCGCAAUUCAGACGCUGCAGGCCGGGGGUGAGGCCGGCACGGCCCGCCUGCGCCGUGCGGCGAUGGCCAGGCCAGGCCUGCUCUCCACCAUCGGGCGGCUGCUGGGCGGGGGGUCCCUGGCCGCCCACCCCCUGCUCCUCCAGCCAGAGGAUGCAGUGCGGCUGGUCCCAGGCAUGCACCUGACCAGGCUGCUCGCUGCCCUCCUGCCCUGCCUGCUGUCGGCUGGAGCUUGCGCGCCCGCCGACGCGGCGAGGGUCGCCGACGCGGGGCUGCGCUGCGUCGUCCCCGGUGACGACCCCACCGCCCUUGCCCUCCUGAGCGCGCUGUGCGACCCUGCAGCGACCCGCGCCGUGCUCAGCGUGGCGGGGAGCGCCAUGCGUAGCCCCGCGGCGGCACGUCUGGAGGAGCUGGAAGUGGAAACAGAGAGCGAGGCAGCACUGGGUGUUGCCUCCUCCGACCAACCGAGCCUCCUGCACGGCCUGGCGGCGGCGUGGCUGGGUCUGGAGCCGGAAAGGGGCCCAGAGGAGGGAGCACUGGAGGACGGUCCAGGCCCCAUGCCCGACCGCUGCCUCAUUCAGCCGGCGCUGCAGCCCCAAGGUGGCGCGGCCCAGGCACUUGCCGCCGCAUAUGCCGCAGAAAGCUACGGCGACACACUGUUUGGCGCCGCCAUCAGCCUGCUCCUCCAGGCACAUGUCCCGGCGCCGACCGAGGUGAUGGACAUGCUUGCGCAGGCGGGGGCCCUCCACCUGCUCCCGCCCCUGGAUGCCUGCCCGGGCGGCCGGACCCUGGUGCUGGGGCUCAACCCCCACGCCCCCAACCCCUGCCCCAGCCUGGCCCAGUGCCUGUCGCUGCUGAACGCCGGGCACCUGGAACGCAGCAUGCACAGCAUGGCCAUGGUGUACCCCAUGCUCCUGCACCGGGUGGCCAGGACCCUGGACACCGCGCCCGCCGGGCAGGACAGGAUGGCGCUGGCUGCAGCGCUGCGUCGACGAGCGGGGACGGCAUCGGGCAGUCGGUUCGUCGGGGAUGUGUGCGCCUGGGACUGGAGGACAGGCAGGCCGGGCUCUGAAGCAUGUUCGACCCGUUCCGCCCUGUUUGACUCGUGA